AUGCAACUCCCAACCAGGUGUCACAUUUUCAUAAAGCCAUGUUACAAGUGUUUCACCGUUGGUCCAUUAGGUUUUAAGCCCAUCAAAGCUUCCAUCUCUCUCUACAGUUUCAGUUUCAAAUUUCAAGAGAAGAGAAGAGAAGAGAUGGAAGACAUAAGAGAAAAGGAGAGAGAGAAGAAAUCCGAAGAAGAUCACCCAUUGCCUCUCAUGGCACUAAAUCAUGUGUCAAGGCUCUGCAGAACAGUGGAGAAGUCCAUAGAAUUCUACACCAAUGUUCUUGGUUUUGUCCUCAUCAAUCGUCCACAAGCCUUCCACUUCGAUGGUGCUUGGUUAUUCAAUUAUGGAGUUGGGAUUCACUUGGUGCAAUCAAAGGAUGAAGAGAGAGUGUCACAUACGGAUCACUUGGAUCCCAUGGACAAUCAUGUCUCGUUUCAAUGUGAAGAUAUGAAUGCGAUGGAGAAAAUGUUGAAGGAGAUGAAUGUAAAAUACCUAAAGAGGACGGUGGAAGACGAAGGGGGAAUUUCGAUUGACCAAUUGUUCUUCAAAGACCCAGAUGGAUUCAUGAUCGAGAUAUGUAACUGUGAGAACCUGAAGCUUGUCCCUGCUGGUUCUUUGGGGCGUAUCAGGCUUCCUUUAGAUCGGCAUAACCCACCUGUAGAGUUGGGUAAAGAUAACAAUAACAUUGUUCACUGUAAAUGUUAAUGCAAUCAAUAGUGAGACAGCAACGGAAUCUAAAAGUGAAAAUUUUCAGAUUCAGAGGAUUU